AUGGCCAACUUUUGGCCUCACCAAUGGAUGUUCGUGGCGGCGAUAUGCCUGCUAUCGAUCACCUACGUAGCAGCCGACGAUAAGCCUUACUACUACUCAUCUCCACCUCCACCACCGUACUACUACAAGUCUCCUCCUCCACCGUCGCCAUCUCCUCCACCACCAUACUACUACAAGUCUCCUCCUCCACCGUCGCCAUCUCCUCCACCACCUUACAUCUACAAGUCGCCACCGCCACCAUCACCCUCACCUCCUCCUCCAUACAUCUACAAGUCACCACCACCACCUUACAUCUAUAAGUCGCCACCUCCGCCAUCACCCUCACCUCCUCCUCCUUACAUCUAUAAGUCGCCACCACCACCGUCACCGUCGCCUCCUCCUCCAUACAUCUACAAGUCGCCACCUCCUCCAUCACCUUCCCCUCCUCCACCUUACCUCUAUAAGUCGCCACCUCCGCCGUCUCCAUCACCACCACCACCAUACUAUUACAAGUCUCCGCCUCCACCGUCACCAUCUCCUCCACCACCGUCACCAUCGCCUCCUCCUCCAUACAUCUACAAGUCUCCACCUCCGCCAUCACCUUCCCCUCCUCCUCCUUACAUCUAUAAGUCACCGCCGCCGCCAUCUCCAUCUCCUCCACCACCAUACUACUACAAAUCACCACCACCACCGUCACCAUCGCCUCCUCCUCCUUACAUUUACAAGUCGCCACCGCCACCAUCACCGUCCCCUCCUCCUCCUUACAUUUACAAGUCGCCGCCGCCACCAUCACCGUCCCCUCCUCCUCCUUACAUUUACAAGUCACCACCGCCACCGUCACCAUCGCCUCCUCCUCCUUACAUCUAUAAGUCUCCACCGCCACCGCCACCAUCACCCUCACCUCCUCCACCUUACAUCUACAAGUCGCCGCCGCCGCCAUCACCAUCGCCUCCUCCUCCUUACAUCUACAAGUCGCCGCCGCCACCAUCACCGUCCCCUCCUCCUCCUUACAUCUACAAAUCACCACCGCCACCAUCCCCAUCGCCUCCUCCUCCAUACAUCUACAAAUCACCACCACCACCAUCCCCAUCGCCUCCUCCUCCAUACAUCUAUAAGUCUCCACCUCCACCAUCUCCAUCUCCUCCUCCUCCUUACAUCUAUAAUUCACCACCUCCCCCAUCUCCUUCUCCACCGCCACCAUACUACUACAAAUCUCCACCACCUCCAUCACCAUCUCCUCCGCCACCAUACUACUACAACUCCCCACCACCACCGUCACCAUCUCCACCGCCGCCAUACUACUACAACUCCCCACCACCUCCGUCACCAUCCCCGCCACCUCCUUACUACUACUACUACAAAUCCCCACCACCUCCGGCCACUUACUAA